AUGUUUUCGUUUCGUUUUCGAUUGCCUAACAAUGCAGAAAAUGAAGAGGAUUACGAUGAGGAACUGGUUGACCCGCUGAAGUUGGAAAACAGACAUUCGGAUUCGUCUGAUUACUCGGAUGAUGAACCCGUGACCAAGAAGCCUGUUGCGAAUCGGGUUCAAGUUGAUCAGUCCUCUUCUGAAUCUGAACCGGAAGAUGAAGAUCAUUCCGCGGGGAAAGCGCGGAAGGCUGUAAAGGUUCCGAAGAUCUCGACUUCCGUUUCUAAUUCCGAGAAACGACGUUCUGGAGACUCGAAAAGGAUUUCAACAGUUGAAUCAAACGUUUCCGCGAAGAAGAAUGCGAAGAAGUCACUGAAAAGUCCUGUUGGCACCUCUAAGAAGCGAGAAAACAUACCUGCAAUAAAUCAUUCUCCUCAUGACCCAGAACUGCAGGGAAAAAGGAAGUGGACGAAUGGUGUGAAGGCUGAAAGGAGUAAUGGUGAUACACCGGCAAAGCUGAUGAGUCCCAAGAAAAAGACGAAGAAAUCUGUGCUGACUGGUGCUGAUGAAUGGGAAGGAUCAGCAUGGUAGGGAUCUUCCAAAGGAACCUCCUUCCUCACGUGUGUGGUUCUAAGAACUGUAGACCGGAAAUCGCGGAAGUUCUGUUCUUGUGGAGAAUUUUCAGUUCUUUGUACGGCUCCGUUUGUACCGACGAGUUUUUGAUCGUUAUUGUUGAUUUUGUGUUACACUGCUGUCUUAAACGCGAAUCAUUAUUUUGGUUUGAAGAAUCGUGGACAUUUCAAAACGGUUCCCAGUACAAAAUCGGACACGUUGUUCGACAGUACUUUUUUUUCUCUCGAAUGAAGACCUUAUUUUGUUGCUGUUUUUCGAAUGGUAUUUCGCUGGAUGGCCGAAUUCGUUGCUCGUGUGGUUUUUUUUUAUUAAUUUGCGAAGUUCUCGUGUUUUCUGAAUGAGUAAAAUGGUUUCGAAGUAGAGAAGUUCAGAAUUCGACUGUUGAUGAUUUGCAGUUUUUUUCUGUUCAAAACUAGACCUGACAAAAAUACAGAAUUUUGCUGCACUCUUGAAAA